AUGAAGGAUAGCGCGAUCAGUCACUUCAGGACUCUCUUGGAAAGUUACUUUGGUGCUGGCUGGAAGGAGCUGAUGAGAUACGAUGAGUACUCGACACGAGAAUACAUGAAAUUUGUCAAUCCCAAGUAUUCAGACAGGCUUAUGAAUUACCUAGAGACCUUCACAUCGGCAUUGAAUCUCUAUGAUUGUGCUCCGACGGAAACUGUCAUUGAUUCACUCGACUUCGAGUACUGCACCAAUGUUAAAUGA